UACUCCCUUGGGCUAAAGAAUUUUCAGUAGAUGGUGCUUCUGAUCUGAUUUCCCACUCUUAGUUUUUAUGCCUCUAGAUUACAACGCAGCCUCACAAGUGAAGCAGUACUUACUUGAUCAAUAGCAAGGUACGUGGCCACCUCACAGUUCUGUUUGUGAUUGUCCUCUUCCGUUCAGCAAAGAGCAAAAGCAAGAGAGCACAGAAGUAGCGCUGGUAUCUCAGAGUGAGGAGGAACUGGCGAACAGAAAACAAAGCCGAAGGAAAGAAAUCGAAGGUCCCAUUCCUCAUCUGUCAAGUGCGAUGUCUCGCCCUGCACACAGAAGACCAGAAUACCAUAAAAUAAACAAGGAUCUCUUUGUCCUCACCUAUGGAGCUCUGGUUGCCCAACUGUGCAAGGAUUAUGAAAAAGAUGAAGAUGUGAAUAAAUAUUUAGAUAAAAUGGGACAUGGCAUUGGCACACGGCUGGUGGAAGACUUUUUGGCUCGAUCUUGUGUGAGACGAUGCCACAGUUAUUCAGAAAUUAUAGACAUAAUCGCCCAGGUUGCUUUCAAGAUGUACUUGGGAAUCACACCAAGUGUGGCCUGUAACAAUUCAAGCAGAAAUGAAUUUUCCCUGAUUCUAGACAAGAAUCCUCUGGUGGAGUUUGUGGAAGAGCUCCCUGCUGGGCGGACCUCUCUGUGCUACUGCAAUUUACUCUGUGGCAUUAUCAGAGGUGCCCUGGAAAUGGUUCAUUUGGAUGCUGAUGUUGCAUUCUUGCAAGACAGACUAAAAGGCGACAGUGUAACAGAAAUAGGAAUAACAUUCCUGAAAAAGCCAGAUGAGAAAAAAUACAGACGGAAAAAAUGAAAAAUAGCAUGCAAAAUGCCUCAGGCUGACUAGCUGAGGAGUUAGUGGUAGCUAAACAAGUAUAGCCACUGGAAUUUUGAGUUGCUUAAUAGCAUGGGCUUUAAAAGGAUUAUAAAUCAGCCAGAAAUUUGAAAUGCUGUGCACCAGGAUAUGAGGCUGUUUUUCCCCUUUUGCUUUUAAAUCACCCAGUUUCAAUCUCAUGUCAAGAUUUCAUAUACAAAUAACUCCUUAUAAGAUAGAAAGCAUGAGUAGCACAUACUACAUAGUCCAGCACGAGAGGGUCUAUUCAUUUCAUUUAUUUGUGGUAACAAAAAAAAUAUUGUCACCUAUACAAUUGGUAUAGUUAUCUCUUCUCAUAUGAAGAAAUGGGUGAAAUGAUACAAUAGAGAGUCCACUACUCACAGUUUCUAGGUCCUGUACAUUGCAUUCUCUGUGGAAAUAGCUCCAUUUGUACCAAUCUUUCAUAUUUAUGAAAAAAAUGGGAUUUUUCUCCAAUAUUGGCUUGGCUUAUAACUUCAGCUUUCUGGAGCUACACUUGAUUUGUAAUCGACAGGGCAAUACUAUUUAUUUGGAUGCUAAUUCUGUAACAUUUAAAAGUAACAAUUUUAAUUCAUUUAAUUUAUUUAAUUUUUAGAUGGCUGGCAUUAAGCUAAUUCUUUACUUUUCUCAUGAAAUAUUACUGAUGGUGAGGCCAGAAAAUCACUACAAUGAGAAGUCAAUGAUGUUCUUUGAGAAUGUUUUCUUAUCUCAAGUUUUAUUCAGUUAUAAUUUUUACUAUCAUUUUUAUCACCUAAAAACCUGAUAGAGUAUAUUUUGUUUGUGACCAGAACAUACUUCAAAUUCAAAAUUAUGGGAUUAAAUAAAUAAUAAUCUUCACCAGACCAUCAGCAUACAACGUCAACCUAUAUGGCAGUCCCGACUUUACUGGAUUCUGCAGAGAAAUUAAAUUAAAAGUAAAAGUUACAAUUAGUGUGGCACCAUCAGUUAAAACUGCUAUAAGUGCUAUGGUAGUGAGGGCCUCACCUCGGACUCAGGAGCCUAAAGAUGAGGCCCCGUUCUGUUUGUAGUGGCCUCAGUUGAUGCUGACCAGUAGCUGGUCUUGGGUAAGGUGUAUAAUCUCUCUCUUUCUCCCUUUGUAAAAUGAGAGGAUAGUACAUGAUAAGGAUCUAAAAUUAUGACAAUAAACAAAUGACACCAGUAACCACUGAAAAUCCACCUCUUCAGGUUUUAGAAGACUAUGGGGAAAUUGUUCCCCACUUACCCAACUUUCUCUUCAGAAGGACGUUGAGGUUGGUAUUAAGGAGCGAAUAGGGUCACAGGGGCAGCUGUAGCAUCAGUGGAAGGACCUUCAAACCCGUUCCACAGAAGACCAGGAGUAAAAUCUGGAACAUUGAUCAAUGCAGAGAUUUUGGUUAUCUUGGAAAAGCCAAAGGGAAAGAAAGGUUUGGGGCAGAGAGAUAGUUUAGUGAUUUCAAGUGAUAUCACCAGAUUGUGGUGCACACACAGUUUCCUGAGGAGGCCUGCCUGUUACCUAUUUAAAGUUGCCAAGAAUCAGAAAUACCUCCCUCAGCAGCCUGUACACUUAUUUAUUGCCUUCUCAAAUCUCUCCAGUCCACCUGUUAGUUAUCAGAAGCCUGGGUCUCUUCAUCAGUUGGAACAGACUAUUAUGAGUAACUGCAAAGCUCCCUCUUCUCCCUGUGUAUGAAGUGCCUAGAAUCUUCCUGCAAUCCCUUUACAUUCUUCUUUGUUCCCUCGUCCAUUUCAUUUAUUUCAAUUAUGCUUCAUGUAAUGGAAAUUUGUUGGCUGCCUGUAUCUUUCUGCUUUCUGAGAGAAUGACAGUGUUCUGUUCAGGUGCUCAUCGCUUUAUUAAGCAACACAGCUACGACCUCAGAGGAAGUCAUCACCUGGCCACAGUGGUUCAUUCCUGGUUUAAAACCACCACAUUGACAGCCACAUAUAAAACAGUCAGGACAUGACAUGCCCCAGACCAGAGGGCAGGGAGGACUGGACUGAAGUGAAGAAAGUCUUGCCUGUUACGUGAGCCCAUAAAUUUACUGUAGUCUUUCAGAGAGUAGUUUGGGUUUCUGUUACAGUAAUGCAACAAAGUUCAUUGCAUUAUAAAUAUGUGAAAAACAAUUUGCAACAUACUGGAGAAUAUCAAAGAGAAUUGUUCAUUAUUACAUUUGCACAUAGUUGAAUGCUCAAUAAAAUGACAUUAGGGUUCACAAUAGCUCCCCUCCUCACAGAGAUGAAAAGGUUACAGAAGGGAGAAAAGAGGAAGUUAAGUUUGCAAGUACCUAGCACAUAAGUCCCAAAAAAGGAAGAUUCUAUAGAGAGAAAGCAUUUGAUAUUAGUGCACUGCAAGCUCUUUAAAAACAAACAAAACAAAAAGAAUGUCAUACAUGUCAGGGCCUUGCUUCAACUAUUUCCAACAGAACUUAAAUUACAUUAGGAGUCACUCAAGAAUUCCAAAGUCAGAACAAUCCUCUGACUUCUGGAGCCUCCUAGUGGCCUACAUCUUUCAAGCCAGCAGACUGUCCAUAGUGACUUGCUGUUUCAGUGUAGUGUGUGAAUCACUACACUUUAAUGACGUAAGAGAGAAAAUUCUAAUUCCCAAUGUUCUAUACAUGCCAAAUUAUAUAAGCCCCUAGAAAUGCUACUUUCUUGGUUUUGAAUUCAAUUCAGAUUUUUAUCAGGUACUAGACAUUGUAACUGUGUGCUAUGGCACUUAAUAUUCCUAACAACCUGUGAGGCACUGGAUAACAGACAAGGAGGAGAUGGAUGGGAAACUAAAAGGAGCUAAAUUUGCCAGUGCUUUAAGUGCAUCAUGAUGAGGGGUGGUGAGUAAAGGGAGCUGGCCAUGGCUCCAGCCUGCAAGGCUGAGUAAGAGCCCACAGGAGGCAGAGCCAGUGCAGGAGAGAAGCUAAUAAGUUUGGAAUAUUUUGAGUUUGAGGUGCCUUUGAAACAUCUCAACAGCUGCAGGGAUUCCGAAGAGAGGAGAUCACUGUGUGGAUACCAGUAAAGGUGGUGGGUAUAGACAACAGCCUCUGGGGAUAGUGUGGACUUGAGAAUAUAUCAGAGCAAAAACAGAAUCCGGAGGAAAAACACCAUUCAAAAGGCAGCAAAGAAAGAAGAGCACAAAUAAGACCAAACUUUCAGUCAGAGAUGUAUGUAGGAGAAAGUGGUGAUGCUGAAGCCAAAAGAGUUUCAAAUACAGUAGAGUGAUUAGAGGUAUUAGAUGACACAGAAAAGCUGAGGAAGGGAUGUUCAAUUUUGUAAGGAGAAGGCCUUUGCCCCAGAGCGAUUUCAGGGCCCGAGGUAGGAAGUGGCCUCACUGUAGUAGAUUGAAGAGACAGCAGGAGGUGAGAUCCUGUGUACCCAACAGGCCACCAAUGCACCCCUCAUCCUUCCAAUGGCAAACUUUAAGAAAACAAGAUGUAGCAGAUAGAAUGUCCUUUGGACUGACUGAAUGUCUCCCCCAGUUUUCAUAUUUUGAAACCCUGAUGCCUAAUGCGGUAUUAUUUGAAGGUGAAACCUUUGGGACUAAAUUAAAGUUAGAUUUAGUCAUAAGGAUAGAGUCCUUAUGAUGGGAUUAAUGUUCCAGAAGAAAAACGUAAGAUCUCUCUCUCUCUGUCUCUCUGUCUCUCCCCUGUGAGGAUACAACAGAGCAGCCAUAUGCAAACUAGACAAAAAAUCUGCUAGCAUCUUGAUCUCGGAUUUUUCAGGCUCCAGAGGUGUGAGAAAUAAAUUGUUUAAGCCAACAAACCUAUGGGAUUUCAUUACAGCUGCUCAAAUUGAUGAAGAGUGCCAGUUUUCCAAAUGCACAAUCUUACAUUAAAAUGUUUACCUGAAUGUUCUCUAUCCUGAUUCUUCUCCUAUAUUUCUGUUGGCUAUUAAUUCUAAAUGUCCUUCAUUCCCCUCCAUGGCUGGCACAUUCCUCAACAUAGACACAGCAUCUGGAUAGUGUGACCCUUGCACAGAAAACCUCUCCUCUCCACCCACUUCCCCUGUCUGUUCCUUUCCCCACUAGUCACUCCACCUUGCUGUCCCAGAAGCAGAGAUCUGGAAUGCCCAAAAUUCAACUCACUAUAUUCUCUCACCCCCUAAAUCUCUUUUCCUUCAAUAUCUCAUUUCCUAGUUAAUUACCUGUUGUAAAAACUAAAAGCCUCAUAUCCAUUUUCUACUCAAUUUUUACUAUUUAAUCUGUCACUAAGUUCUUUUAAUUCUGUAUUCUAAACUCCUUUUGACUCCCCGCCCCCUUCAUUUAGGGGCUGAUCUGCUUUCUAACUGGUUUGUUAUCUCUAGUUUCCAAUUCCAGUUUACUUUCCACACUGGAAUGCAGGGAUCUGUAGAAAACACCAAUGAGAUGAUGGUACAGCCACACUACAAACAUCUCAGAAGCUUUCCUACAGGAUACAGCCUCUAGGACACACUAUACUCUUUAUCCAUGAAGUGAAACCCAAUUCUCAACCUCCUGCAUAUGACACUCAUUAAAGUCUACCCUUACUGACCCAUCUUCCCAUUCCACCUCUGGACUGGGUGUGUUGCCCCCAGUCUCUGGUUUCUUUAGUAUCGUUUGCAUAUCUCUCCCCCAUAAACUGAGUAUUUUCCUACAGGUCCUCCUUCCCUAUUAGUGAGUUCCUCUUUGGCAAACAGUGUAUCUUUUUUAUCUUUGAAUUCCCACAAUGUGGCAGAGUCCCUGACACUCAAUCAAUGCUAGAUAGUACUUUUGGUAGUGAAAAAUAUGCAGAAUGAAUGAAUGAAUGAAGAAGAUGAUAGUCUCUAGGUCUAAUUGGCCCAUCUUGAAAGAUUGUUCAU